AUGGCAAGCCCGAGCCCGGACCGAGAGGCCUCUUCUCUCGAGAAGGAGAAGGUCGGCAACGAUGAGUAUCGCGAAGUCGCUGCUGGCAAUGAGCAGCCACCUCAGGAUGUCUUGGAAUACAAGAAACAAGAACGAAAGGUUGUUAGGAAGUUGGACAUUUUUAUCGCACCAGUGAUGUUCCUCCUGAUGCUGAUCUCGUAUCUUGAUCGAGGCAACAUCGGUUUUGCAGCAACUCAAGGCAUGAUUGAGGAUAUCAACCUUCAAGGAUCAGACCUGAACAUAGCCGUGUCGAUCUUCUACAUCACAUACAUUCUCGCGGAGGCGAGUUUUCCCGCGUCUUUCUACGUGAAGCGUUUGCAGUUCAACCGCGUCAUACCCGCCAUCACCUUCGGCUGGGGUCUCAUGUGUAUGUGCACUGGUUUCAUCCAAGGACCAGGUUCGUUGUACGCGUUGCGGCUGUUGUUGGGACUCUUUGAAGGAUGUUUGUUCCCUGCGAUGACUUUGUUCCUUGCGAACUGGUACAAGCGAGAGGAGCUGGGCUUCAGGAUCUCAUUCUUGUUCAUCGGCUCAGCGCUCUCCGGGGCAGUUGGCGGGUUAAUUGCACUGGGAAUCUUGUAUAUGGACGGCGUUGGUGGAUAUCCUGGUUGGAGAUGGCUCUACAUCAUCGAAGGCCUCAUCACAAUUAUCUGGGCAUUCAUGACCAUAUUCCUCGUCCCCGCAAACUGGAGAACAGCAUACUUCCUCACCCCAUCCGACAAAGCCAUCAUGAAAGUGCGCGAAGAAGAGAUGGAAGCCUACUCUGGCGGCAACGGCCAUUACACCAUGGCAGACAUUAAGCUCGCAGCGAAGGACCCCACCACCUGGGUCCACGCCCCAACUCAAGUCGCCAUGGUCACCAUCUUAUAUGGCUUUGGCACCUUCCUGCCUAUCAUCCUGAAGUUCAGUUUCAACUUUUCGACGCUGCAGGCGCAAUACCUGGUAGUGCCAGUGUGCCUGUGGGGUGCGAUCGUCUACUUCGUCGGCGCAAUCCUAGCGGACAGAUACAACGCUCGCUUCUGGUCCGUCAUCAUUUGCGCCCCCAUCGGAAUGGCAGGCUACGCCAUCCUUCUUCGCAUCGAAGACGUCCCGUCCGGCGUACGGUACUUCGCCACGUUCCUCAUCUCCACCGCCUGCUACCUCUGCACUGGCACCAACAUCUCCUGGCUCGGAAUGAACCGCGCUCCGGAUGGGAAGCGAGCAGCGAGUAUGGGAAUCUUGCUCACUUUCACCAAUUUAGGUGGUAUCAUCUCAGGGCAGAUCUAUCAGACGGACGCUGCGCCGAAGUAUACCCUCGGCCAGGCGUGGUCGUUGGGCAGUCUGGCGUUCGGAUGGUGCGGCUUCUGGGUGCUGCGGACCAUGUAUAAGCGGAGGGAGAAGCAGAAGGAGGAGCUGAGGGGGCAGGGGUGGAAUCUGCAGCCAGGGGAGGUGUGGACGGACAGGGUGCCUGAGUUCAAGUAUCAGUUCUGA